UCCAAUUCCAUUCGCCUCCCUCCGCUUCCGCCACCACCCUCCGCCCCUCCCUCCCCCGCGGCGCGCGACAAACCCUAGAACCUUCUAGAGGCUAGAGCCGUCGCUAGCACCAGGGCGGGCCAGGGGCGCCGCCUACCCCUCCCCCCGGCACGCGGCGAUGCCGCUCUUCAUAUCCGAGGAGGAGCUGCGGCUCCUGGGCGGCGACGUGGCCGCCGUCGCCGAACGGGCUGACGCCGCCAUCCGCGAGCUCCGGCAGCAGGUGGACACCGUCCGUGCCGAGUCCGACGCGGCGGCCAUCGCGGCCGAGCAGACCUGUGCCCUCCUAGAGCAGCGUUACGCCACUCUCUCUGCCGAGGCCGAUCGCUACCAGGCCGAGAUAGCCGAGCUCAAUGCCGCCUCCGAGCGUCGAGCCGCCGAUCUCGCCUCCUCGCAGUCCGAGAUACACCAGCUCCGCAUCCAAGCCAUUGCGAAGGAUGGCGAGAUUGAACGGCUGAAAGUAGAAAUCUCAGAGCUGCACAAGUCCAAGAGUCAGUCACUGGAACUAAUUGGUCAGAGGGAUGCAGAGAUGAGGGAGAAGGAUGGCAUCAUCCAGAACUACCACGAUAAGAUAGUAAAUCUGGCAGACUCUUCUGCAAGUAAAGGGGCUAGGAUACAAGAGGUUGAAGCUAAGUUAACUCAUUUGCAGGCCACAUGUAACCGAAUCACACAGGAGAAAGAACUGCUUGAAAAGCAUAAUCUCUGGCUUGACGAGGAACUUAAAGAAAAAAUUAAGAACUUAGCUGAAAUAAGGAAAUCAAAUAUGGAUGAGGAGGCUAGGAUGUCAGCAAAGGUUGCAGAGCUUGAAAGAGAGAUUUCUGAAUCAUCCAGUUCCUUGAGGAGAAGCAAAGAACGGGUUUCCGAACUUGAGCAAAGGGUAUCCUAUAUGGAAAAGGAGUUGUGCUCAACAAAGGAUGCUGCAGCUGCUAAUGAACAACGCCUUGCUACUGAGCUUUCAACUGUCAUGAAACUUGUUGAACUUCACAAAGAAAGUUCUGAGGAAUGGUCAAAAAAAUCUGGGGAGCUUGAAGGAGUUAUUAAAGCAUUGGAGACACAUUUGGCCCAGGUUGAAGAUGAAUACAAGGAGCAGCUUGAGAAGGAGACUUCAGCCAAGAGAGACCUUGAAAAAGAAGCUACGUAUUUGAAGCAAAAGCUUGAAAAGUGUGAAUCUGAUCUGGAGAAUACAAGGAAAUCUCGUGAAUUGAGCUUCACUUCAUUGGUUGCACCAGACCCUUGUGAUCUAGCAGGCUUACCGAUGAAAGACAUAUCAUUGUCUGAUGCAGCAAAUCAGAAUGACCUAAUGAUAGUACCAAAAGUACCUACCGGUGUUUCUGGAACUGCAUUAGCUGCUUCCCUUCUUCGUGACGGUUGGAGUCUUGCUAAGAUCUACGAGAAAUACCAAGAAGCUACUGAUGCUUUACGUCAUGAGAGGUUUGGGCGAAGACAUGCAGAAGCAGUUCUUGAGAGGGUUUUGCAUGAAAUUGAAGAGAAGGCUGAGCUUAUCUUGGAUGAACGAGCUGAGCAUAGGAGGAUGGUUGAAGCAUACGCUCUAAUGGAUCAGAAAUUGCAGCAAGCACUGCUGGAGCAUGAUAAUUUUGAAAAUACCAUUAGGAACCUGAAGUCAGAGUUAAAAAGGCGGGAACGUGAUCAUAGUAUUGCCCAGAAAGAAAUAGAUGAUCUGCAAAAACAAAUAGCUGUUCUUUUAAAGGAAUGCCAAGAUAUACAACUUCGUUGUGGUUCUAGCCUUCCGAAUGUAGGUUACAGUGCUCUUUCUACGAACACAAGCACUGGAGUGCCUGUCGUUGGAAACAACAUUCAUGAGCAUAUGACAUUCAAUGAUAUCAAUGAGUUAGUUCAGCAAAAUGUUCAACUUCGGAAUCAAGUUCACUUGCUCUCUGCUGAUCUUGACAAAAGGGACAUGGAACUCCGGGAGAGCUUCCAAAUUGAGUUGAAGAAAAUUACAGAUGAUGCUGCAUCCAGGGUUGAAAAAGUGAUGAAAAAAUCUGAAGAACAAGCAAUAAUGAUUGAAUCUCUUCACAGAUCUGUAGCGAUGUAUCGGAAGCUUUGCGAAGAACAACAGAAGUCUCGUGCCAAUGUUGAACACAUAUCCAAUAAUUUGCAAGAUGAUGGCAGAAAUGACCUGAUGGUUCUAUUUGAAGGAUCACAGGAGGUUUCAAGGAAAGCUUAUGAGCAAGUGUCAGAGCGCGCCAAAAUCCUUGACGAAGAGCUGACAAAGUUGAGGACUGAGCUUUUGUCUUUGCGGUCUGAGCGUGAUAAGGCAGUUCUUGAAGCAGAAUUUGCUCGAGACCGGCUUAAUGGAUUUACAGCAGAGCUUGAGCACCAGAGGAAGGAAGCUAAUUCUAUUUCGCUAAGAAAUGCGGAAUUGAUGCAUUUAGUAGUUGAUUAUGAAAAAAGACUGCGUGAAAAUUCAGAAUCUGUGAAAGCUGUAGAGGAGAACUCAAGGAAGCUAUCAAUGGAGAUGUCUAUUCUAAAGAAUGAAAAAGAAAUAUUGGCAAAGUCAGAGAAAAGAGCUUUGGAUGAAGUUCAUGAGUUAACCACAAGGGUGCAUCGCCUGCAGGCAACAAUUGACACAAUACAUGCCACUGAGGAGGUUCAAGAGAACGCAAGGUCUGUCGAAAGGAGAAAUCAAGAGGAAUACAUCAAGAGACUGGAAAGGGACUGGGCGGAAGUGAAAAAAGAGCUCCAAGAGCAAAGGGAUCAUGUCCGUGUCCUGACACUUGAUAAGAAAAAUGCUUUUGACGAAUGUCUGAAGCAGGUAGAGGAUAUGAGGAAAGAGUUACAGAAUUCAUGGAAAGCUGCUACCGAUGCUGAAUUGAGGGCUGCUGUUGCAGAGGCGAAGUGUUCUGAUUUGGAGGCAAAACUAAAAUCAAGAAAGACCAUUUUUAGGGAUGGUGGACGUGAUAUCCUAUCAUCCACCGAGGAGAAUGAUGAGCUUUUCCAGCUGAAAGAGGAGUUGGAAAAAUAUAAAGAGGAAGCUCAAGCAAAUAAAAACUAUAUGCUUCAGUACAAAGAAAUUGCAAACUCAAAUGAAUCUGCAUUGAAGCAAAUGGAGUCUGCCCUUCAGGAUUACAAAACUGAGUCUGAGAAUAUCAAGAAAAGCUUGGAAGAUGAGAUUACAAAGAUGAGGAGCAAGUUGUCUGAACUGGAGAAGUGUUAUGCAAUGAAAUGUGAAGAAGCUGCCAGUGCAAUCGAAGCUAAAGAGAAGGACACCACUUCGCUCAUGAAUGAAAUCUCAUUGAUGAGAAAUGAAGUUUCUGAGAAAGUAUUACAGAUCGAAAGAUUAGAAAUUGAGUUGGCUUCCUCAAAGAGUGCUUUAGAUGAGCAGUAUAAGCGUUGGCGUAGUGCUCAGAACAAUUAUGAGCGCCAGGUUAUCCUGCAAUCUGAAACAAUACAGGAGCUGACUAAUACUUCCAAGCAGCUAUCUUCUUUGCAGCAGGAAAUCACAGUGCUUCGUCAAACAGUAGAAGCACAGAAGGCUGAAAAUGAUGCUCUAAGAACCCUUGGAGAGCAAGAAAAGAUAGAGCUUGUGAAAGGAAAGGAUGAGGCCUUGCAGAAAUAUAAUGAGCUAAAUGAUCAGAAUAAAAUUCUGCACAACCGACUAGAAGCUUUGCACAUUAGGUUGGCUGAGAAAGAACGAGAUAUUGCCAGCAUUUCAUCGCAACGCAUUGAUUCACAUGGUGAAGAUGAUUUGCAUAGCGUCAUCGGCUACCUGCGCAGAUCUAAAGAAAUAGCAGAAACAGAGAUAUCUUUGCUUAAACAGGAGAAGUCACGGCUUCAGAUAGAAUUGGAAAGUGCAUUGAAAUCCACAAAGGAGGCACAGGACUUGCUCCGCAGUCAAUCUGAUAGUGCAAGAACAUCAAUGCUCAAGGAUGAAGAAUUUAAGUCACUGCAAUUCCAGGUUAGAGAGCUUAAUUUGCUUCGUGAAAGCAAUAUACAGCUUAGAGAGGAGAACAGGCACAAUUUUGAAGAAUGCCAGAAAUUCCGCGAUGAGGCUCAAAAGGCUAAAAUUGAAGCUGAAAGGUUGCAUAAUCUUUUACUAGAAAAGCAGGUGGAUGCUGAAAUAUGUAAAAAAGAAAUAGAAAUGCAGAAGAUCGAAAUAGCGAAUCUGAAUCAAAAGAUUUCUGAGUUGGUUGAAAAUAGUAAAGGCGUUGAUUUGAACACGUACGAGACCAUGAAGGAUGAACUUCAAAAGAUAAAAUCAUCCUUGAGAGAGAAUUCAGCAGAGCUAGAGCGCACGAAAAAUUUUCUUUCUGAGAAGGAUUCUGUAAUAAGAAAUUUGGAGGAAAAGCUUGCUGGAUGUCAGUCUGAUUUGGAUGCUAGGGAAAAGAAGCUGAAUGAUGUUGAGGCCAGCCUUAAAUCUGAAAUUGAAAGGCAGAGGAAGGUAAAUUUCACCAUCAAGAGGAGGCUUGAUGCAUCAGUGAAAGAGAAGGAGGAGCUGGUCAAAGAAAAACAAAGCCUUUCAAAGCAAAUGGAAGAUAUGAAAUCAAGUCAGAAAACUACAUCCGAAAAUGCAAAUGAACAGGCCAUCAAAGAAAAGGACUUCAGGAUACAGACAUUGGAAAAAAUCUUGGAGAAAGAGAGAGAUGAUAAUAAGAAAGAAAAGGUAAUGCGCAGAAGGAGUGAGAAGGUAUUUGCUACCGCCAUUCAAAAUAUGAAUCAGGAGAGGAAACAAGUAGAGGAAUCAAUAGAGAAGCAUAGGCAGGCUGUGAAGGAGGUCAUUGAGAACUAUUCUGGAGUAUCCUCUCAAAUCCCAUCUGGAUCUGCAAUCGAUGAGCUGUUACGUUCAUAUUUUCUCGCUAUUAAAACUGUCGAAGAGUCUAGUCCCUUCCAAGAUGGUGCAACAAGUCAGGCAACAUCUGUUGAGACUUCCAUUGUGGAUGCAUCUGCAGCUACUGCAGGUAGGCCAGUAGCCACUCCACCAAGGCCUGCUCAAGUUAAAGUUAUGGAGGAGAGAGCAGUUUCUACUUUGCCCAAACCAAGCACUGAAGUACGCAGACCAGGAGGAAGGAGACCGCUUAUUCGGCCUUCACUUGAACGGGUUGAAGAACCCCAAGCUGAUAUUGAUGCAACAGUACUUGAAAGUUCCACAGAGAAAGGUGGCUUGUUGAUGGAACGUGAAACUUCUGGUGGCAUGUCUGCACUACAGCCAAGUCGUAAACGACUAGUUCCAUCUGCACAAGUGAGAGAUGAUGCCUCACAAGGAGAGAGUACUGAUGCCAAUCCACCACUGAAGAAACCCAAAGAAGGAUCUUCACAUGGUACUACUGAGCUAAAAACUGAACAAUCGCCUCUCGAAGAUGUUGUCACGGCACAGGUUCCUGUGCUUCCAUCUACAGAAGACCAAGAUGAGCAACAGCCUGGAGAAGAGAUGGACACUGAUCAAGCUUCCUUGCCAAUUGAAGAGGCUGAGGAAACAAGGGAAGAUGAUUUGGGUGAUAAGGAUGACAUGGAGCCGCAUAUAGAUGCACCAAUGGACAUCCAAGGACAGGAUGCCGAAACUGGUAUUGACAAUGAUACAACUGUUGUGGAAGAUGUGCCAGUCAAGUCAGAAGCAGUUAUGGAAUCAUCAUUCGAGGAAGAUCUGAAAGCUGAGGAUUCCAAGGAAGAGGGUCAGUUUACUGCAGCCGCUGAUGUUGAAGAUGAGAGGGAGGAAGGGGAGUUGCCAGAGGAACCAGAACAGCCAGACAGCAUUACCCCGGUGCUGGAUGGUGGUGAGCAAGCCGGUGAUUCAUUCAGGGCGGCCUCUCCAGCAGGACAAACUGAAAUGAGUGAUGUUGAUACGCCAGAAGAGACUGGAGAGGUUGAUGCUACUGUGGAACCAGAUCAAAGCCCUCUUAGACAAUCAGGUGUGGCCGAUGCCUCACCAAGCCAAACGACAGAUGUAUCCCCUGCACGUGAACCUUCUCCUAACACACUCCAGGCUAGUGCACCUUCUGAACAGCAGAAUCCCACCCCGAGCCCAGUUCACGCAGGUGCACCUUCUGAACAACAGAAUCCCACCCUUAACGCAGGUGCAUCUUCGGAACAGCAGAAUCCCACCACUGCAGCAGAGGGUGUUGAAACUCGUACCAGAACAAUCAACCUUACUGAGAGAGCUAGGCAAAAUCGGCAAGCCAGAAUUCUUCGCUCAACAACUCAGCAGACUGCAAGGGGCCGUGGCCAACAGUCCCUUACCUACAGGAAAGAUGGCGGUCGAGGAUCACGGGGUCGUGGUGGACGUGGUCAGUCGUAAAGCUUAGGAUUUGUCUAUGCUCAAGUGCGGAUAGUAGUUUUAUGCCACGGACAUUGAAUCCCUUAUGCGUCAUAUUCAUUUUGUAACGCUGUCAAACUGUGGGCGUGUAUAUGUUACACUGUUCUGCAAAUUCAUGUGGUUAAGUGGCCCAGAUUAAAAUGUACCCUUUGUCCGUGGGGAUUGCCAUAGUUUAUACUCUUGUUAGCAAAGAAUACAUCAAGACGAACCAGUGGAAAACUAAAAUGCUAAGUUGAAGGGCCCACAAGUUGAUAGCUGCUGAGCUGGUGAA